UGUUAUAUACAGUUGUCAAAUAGUUUACCAAAUAUAUAGUAAUUAAUAGAUUUUUUUAAAAUAAAAUUAUAAUUUAUCAAUUACAGUAAGUGGUUAGAAGAAAACCAUGAACAUUACAGAUAAAGAAUGUGAAAGAGGCUUUGCAAGAGCAAAGAAAACAUUAAAAAAGUUUAAUAUGCGACAACUUCGCAUAGCUCUAAAAUAUAGGCCUGAAAUUCUGAAAUUAAUACUCAAAAUGAGGAUGUGUAUCAAAAGAAAAAACUUGGUUAUAACUAAAUUAAAACAUAGUCUGCUGGUGAAAAAUGGCAGUACUCUUGAGUCUUCCAUACAGACUGAUGAAUUAACUCAAAUUUCAACAAAAACCAGUGAUGAGAAUAUUUUACAUGUAAAUUCUAUAGAUGCCGUAAGAAAACCUUUAAAAGACUCGUAUACACAAACAUUAGAUUCUAAUGCAAGUACUGAAAAAAUGACACAUACUAUUAAGUUAGAUAAUGAGGAAAAGGGAUGGAGUAUAGCUGAAGAAAAAGGUGAAUCAGAGAAGAGUAUAGCAGACCAAGUGAAAGAGGUGGCUCAAAGUGCCUUACAGGAGUCUGGCAUGGUGUAUGUUGAAACUGCUGGCAUGUAUUAUGACUAUAAAACUGGGUACUAUUAUAAUCCUGAACUUGGUUUGUAUUAUCAUACAAAUACAGAAUGCUAUUAUUACUAUUCAGAAGAUAAGAAAACUUUUGUAUUUCACUCUUAUCCUGAUCGAAGCGCUAGCAAUCCUGCUUUAGAAGCUCACGAAAAAAAGAAAGCUAAGAAGCAAAAAAGGGUAAUGAAAACUGAAGAAGAGGUUGAAAACCUGACGAAAAACUUCUCUCAGGAUAAAGAAGAGGAUGCAACCAAUAAAGCCAGCAAAACAAAACGCAGGAAAAUAUUAAAGAAGAAAAAAGAAAGCCAUCUUGAUCAGAAUGAUACUGCAAAUAAUAAAAACUCUGAUGACAGAGAAAAAGAUAUUUUUAGUGUUGAUGAGACAGAGAAGGACAAGAAAGGGUCAGAUGAACUUGAAGAUGGCGAAUGCAGUGAAAGUGAUUGUGAAAAAUCGGAAAAUGAGGAUAAUAAGUCAAAUGCUAGCACUUCAACGGCUACUGAUGAUGAAUCCGUAGCUAAACAUCAUCCUCCAUGCAUGAGGGUAAUUGUUAAGGACACUAAUCUACCGAAGCUGAAGGUCGGCAGUCUAUUCCUCAUCACCAAAGAUGGCGGGACUAUUGGACGGGAAGGAGACCAACACGUUAUUUUAAUUAAGGAUCAUAAUAUAUCAAGGACACAUUUAGACAUAAGAUAUGACAUGGACAAAAAAGCUUAUGUGGCUACAGAUUUGGGAUCAAAAAAUGGUACUAUCCUUAACGGUGCUCGGAUGUCGGAAAGCCAAGUCGUUAGUGAUACUUUAGAAAUUUUGCAUGGAAGUAUGAUACAGUUGGGUGAAACUAAACUGCUCUGCCAUAUACAUCCAGGGACAGAUACUUGUGGACAUUGUGAGCCUGGACUGCUCAUGGAAACUCAUGAGAAAGAGAAGACAGUUGCGUACACGCGCACAUGUAGCGUACAGAAACAAUAUCAGUUGGAGUUGGCGCGACUGAAGAACAAAUACGCGCCGCAACCGCUCGCUAUAGAGGAGACUGCGUACAACGACCGGGCGCAGGCGCGACGAGAGACGGUCGGUUCUUCGCACCACUCUGAGAAAACACAGAGCACCGAUGUUGAUACGUUUAUAGCACCAGAAAACAAAGGAUUUAAACUCCUGGAGAAAAUGGGCUGGUCGAAGGGCGAGGGCCUCGGCAAGGACAACCAAGGAGACACAGAGCCGGUGCCCUUAAUAAGCAACGAAGGCAAGGUGGGUCUCGGAGCAGCCUCGACGACGCCGUGUGUGCCUCCUAAGAAAGUCAACCGACUGGGAUCAGCGACAUUGCGACUGGCGAACAGGAGCAAAAUGUUAAAACCACCAGCUAAAGCUUUUCAAGCUGAAGAUGAGGAUUCUGAAUAACUAUUCCAUACUCCUAUAUUAUAAAUGCGUUUGUGUGUCUGUCUGUUAUAUCGACUAAACGUCAGAACGGUACUCAAUGUAAUAAUGUUGUAAUUCUAGAACGAAUAUAGACUAUAUCUUAUUUAAAGAACUUAAUCUGAAAGGUGUCAUGUAAGAUAUGAAAGUUUAUGCAUAGUAAGUUACAGAAAAGUCCUAGAAAUUACUGUAAAACAGUGUAGGGAUGUGGGAUUUAUUAUGCCUAACAACUAUAUUUUAGUUACUUAGUCGAAACUUGUAAAUAGUUAAAUUUUAAAUUUGCUCUAUAAAUUAUGAAAUUAAUGUUUAAUUAUUAUUAUAUAAAAAUAUAUGCUAAGAUUUU